AUGGCGAGUGGCACGCAACGGCUGCUGCAAGUGCAGAAGCUGUUUAUCGAGACAAAUCGGAAUAUGUUCGGAUUGGACGUGCGGCGCGUGGCUGCCAGGGACUACCUGAAAGUGCUUAUGUGGCACAUGUGGACACUGCUGCAGGCUGCGAAAGGGCGGCGUGGGCGGCGCCUGCGCGCGCUGGCGGCAGCAGCAGCAGCGAUGGUAGUCACGGGCUCUGCCCUGACAGUGUAUCAGUUUGUAUCGGGACUGCGGCGGGAUGGGCGCCGACCGGGGCUGCAGCGGUCGCGGUCGCAGAUCCUGCUCAAGAGCGGCGCACGAGAGAUCCACGUGCCGUACGGGGACAGCGAGCGGACAAAGCGCGUGAUCAUCAAGCCUACGCACAAGGACCGAUACGAGCACGAUCGCUUUUUAUUCAAGUACUUCGACAAGGGCAGCGAGUCGCGGAUUUUUUAUUCACGCUUUCUGGCGCAGCUUGGCAUCCUGUGGAAGAUUCUGAUACCCAGGCUCGCAGACAAAAACUCGCUAUGGCUCUGUCUACAGGUGUUCUUUCUGGUGAUGCGGACGUGGUUGUCGCUGCUGAUUGCACGGCUUGAUGGCCAUAUUGUCAAGGAUAUCAUCGCGGCGCGGAAGAAGAGGUUCAUGAUGGACAUUGCGUGCUGGUUUCUGAUAGCAUUCCCGGCUUCGUACACGAAUAGCGCGAUCAAGUUCCUGCAGCGGAAGCUGAGCUUGAACUUCCGGACCAAUCUGACGCGCUACGUCCAUGACAUGUACCUAGACCACAGGCUGGUGUUUUACAAGCUGAUGUACGACCAAGAUGCCAGCCGCAGUGUGGUUGCGAACGUUGACAACUCGAUUGCCAACGAUAUUGCCAAGUUUUGCGACGCUGUGACAAACCUAUUCGCAAACAUGGCUAAGCCAGUUAUUGAUUUGGUUUUCUUCUCCUUCUAUCUGCGGGAUAACUUGGGCACUUUGGGCGUUGCCGGCAUCAUCAUGAACUAUUUCCUCACAGGAAUUGUGCUGAGGAGAUACACCCCUCCUCUUGGCAAGCUUGUCAGCAAGCGCUCGAGUGCCGAAGGUGCCUACUACAACUAUCAUCUAAAUAUGAUUAACAAUAACGAGGAGAUUGCUUUCUACCAAGGAACUGAAGUCGAACGCACAAAGGUGAUUAAGAUAUAUGAGAACUUAAUGGAAAAAAUGUUGGAGGUUGACCGUGCCAAGGUUGGAUACAAUGUCAUUGAAGAUUACAUCUUGAAGUAUACCUGGUCUGCGCUUGGUUAUGCGUUUGCGUCUAUUCCGAUCGUAUUUGCAGUGGGCAAGACGGGCCAAAGAAAGGAGGAUACCAACAUGCGCGACUUUAUUGUUAACAAGCGUCUCAUGCUGUCAUUGGCAGAUGCAGGGAGUAGAUUGAUGUACUCGAUUAAGGAUAUUUCACAGCUAACCGGUUAUACUGGUAGAGUUUUCACUCUCCUGCGGGUUCUUCACCGUGUUCACUCUUCUGACUUUAAGUACGGCCUGAUUGAGGACAUUCCUGCCCCAGUAGCAGGACAGUCAGAGUCCACGGAUUUGUCCAAGAACGUGCCCUCAGACAUACGUGGUACGGUACAGCGUAACUUCAACGGUAUUCGUUUGGAAAACAUCGAUGUAAUCAUUCCAUCCCCUAAGGGCAUACAAGGCACCAAGCUAAUUAGUAAAUUAAAGUUCCAGAUACCUCCUGUGGUGAUUAGUGAUAUGAAAGCGAGCUCUGCUCCCGUGGUUUCAAGUCACAGUGUGGCAAGCAUGCUUUUGGGACCUGGAAGUAGUCUUUUGAUUUUAGGACCCAACAGUUGCGGCAAAUCAUCUAUCCAGAGAAUUCUCGCGGAAAUUUGGCCAAUUUACAAUAAGACAGGCCUUGUAUCUAUCCCAGCUGAGUCGGAUCUAAUGUGUAUUGCUCAGCGGCCUUACUUUAUCCAAGGAGGUACCUUCAGAGAUCAGAUAAUUUAUCCUAUGUCCGUAGACCGGUUCUACGAAAAGGGACAUAAGGACCGGGAGCUGGUGAGAAUACUGAAAGAGGUUAAACUUGACUACCUCUUGAAGAGAUCAGAAGGGUUGAGCUAUUUAGACUUUGUCGCAGACUGGAAAGAUAUCCUAAGCGGUGGUGAAAAACAGAGAAUGAACUUUGCAAGGAUUAUGUUCCAUAGGCCGAAGUUCCUCGUCCUGGAUGAAGCCACCAAUGCGAUCAGUGUUGACAUGGAGGAUUACCUCUUCAAUAUGUUGCGUAAGUGCCGCUUCAACUUUAUCUCCAUCUCACAACGUCCAUCUUUGAUUAAGUACCAUGAUUACCUUUUGGAAAUCACUUCUGGUACGCAGUGGCAAUAUCAGACGCUUGGUUCUGAUGAAGCUAUAACGUCCAUUGAGGCUGAAAUCGAAUCUCUAGAGUCGAAACUCACACAACUUGAUGCCUGGGAGAAGGAGAGAGAGGAACUCAAGCGGAAACUUACUCACUAA